AUGUCCAGGCAGUCGACCAUCACUUUCCAGACGGGCAGCCGUCGGGGCUUCAGUGCGGCCUCAGCCACCAGCCCAGCCCAUGGACGCUCCAGAUUUAGCUCCAUCUCCAUGGUCCGGCCCUCAGGGACCAGUGGAGGACUGGGGAGGGUCAGCGGGCACGGCGCUGCCUUUGGAAGCCGCAGCCUCUACAACCUGGGGGGCACCAAGCGGGUUUCUGUGGGUGGAUGUGGAAGCGGCUUCCGGAGUGGCUUUGGCGGUAGGGUGGGCAGCGGGUUUGGGGUCAGCAGUGGGUUUGGGUGUGGGGGUGGGGUGGGAGGGGGCUUUGGAAGCCCCGGCUUCCCCAUCUGCCCCUCUGGGAGUAUCCAAGAGGUGACCGUCAACCAGAGCCUCCUGACACCCCUCAACCUGCAAAUCGACCCCACCAUCCAGCGCGUGAGGAAGGAGGAGAAGGAACAGAUCAAGACCCUCAACAACAAGUUCGCCUCCUUCAUCGACAAGGUGCGCUUCCUGGAGCAGCAGAACAAGGUCCUGGAAACCAAGUGGAGCCUCCUGCAGGAUCAGGGUACCAGGACUGUGAGGCAGAGCCUGGAGCCCUUCUUCGAUGCCUACAUCAAUGACCUCCGGCGGCAGCUGGACAGCGUCACCAGCGAGCGGGGCCGGCUGGACGCUGAGCUGAGGAACAUGCAGGACGUCGUUGAAGAUUUCAAAGUCAGGUAUGAGGAUGAAAUUAAUAAGCGCACAGCAGCAGAGAACGAGUUUGUGGCCCUGAAGAAGGAUGUGGACGCCGCCUACAUGAACAAGAUAGAGUUGGAAGCCAAGGUCCACUCUCUGACCGAUGAGACCAAUUUCUUCCGGAUGCUCUUUGAGGCGGAGCUGGCCCAGAUGCAGACCCAAGUCAGUGACACGUCCGUGGUCCUGUCCAUGGACAACAACCGCUCCCUGGACCUGGACAGCAUCAUCGCCGAGGUCAAGGCCCAGUACGAGGACAUCGCUAACCGCAGCCGGGCUGAGGCUGAGUCCUGGUACCAGACUAAGUAUGAGGAGCUGCAGGUCUCCGCGGGCCGGCAUGGUGAUGACCUCCGCAACACCAAGCAGGAGAUCUCUGAGAUGAACCGCAUGAUCCAGAGGCUGAGAGCCGAGAUCGAUAAUGUCAAGAAGCAGUGCGCCAGCCUGCAGACAGCCAUCGCCGAUGCAGAGCAGCGUGGGGAACUGGCCCUCAAGGAUGCGCGGGCCAAGCUGGUAGACCUGGAGGAGGCCCUGCAGAAGGCCAAGCAGGACAUGGCGCGGCUGCUGCGCGAGUACCAGGAGCUGAUGAACGUGAAGCUGGCCCUGGACGUGGAGAUCGCCACCUACCGCAAGCUGCUGGAGGGCGAGGAGUGCAGGCUGAGUGGAGAAGGCGUCUCUCCCGUUAACAUCUCGGUGGUCACGUCCACCAUGUCCAGCGGCUAUAGCGGUGGCAGCAGCCUGGGAGGAUCCGGCCUGGGUCUCUGUGGAGGCAGCGGCUACUCCUUCGCACCCGGUGGCCACAGCAGCCACAGCCUGGGUGCGGGCCUGGCAGGCUCCGGCUUUAGCGCCAGCAGCUGCCGCAGCCUUGGAGGCGGUGGCUCCAGCGUCAAGUUCAUCUCCACCACGUCCUCCAGCCGGAAGAGCUUCAAGCACUGA